CCGCGGCGGACACGCACUUCCUGCCGGGCCUCCGUGCGCCCCUCGGUCCAGCCGAGCCCAGCCCAGCCGUGCCCUGCCAGAAAGCCGUUCGCCAUGGUGGACGAGCUGGUGCUGCUGCUGCACGCGCUCCUGAUGCGGCACCGUGCCCUGAGCAUCGAGAACAGCCAGCUCAUGGAACAGCUGCGGCUGCUGGUGUGCGAGAGGGCCACCCUGCUGCGCCAGGUACGUCCGCCCAGCUGCCCGGUCCCCUUCCCCGAAACGUUUAACGGCGAGAGCGCUCGGCUCCCCGAGUUUAUCGUGCAGACGGCGUCUUACAUGCUCGUCAACGAGAACCGAUUCUGCAACGACGCCAUGAAGGUGGCAUUCCUCAUCAGCCUGCUCACCGGGGAGGCCGAGGAAUGGGUGGUGCCCUACAUCGAGAUGGAUAGCCCCAUCUUGGGCGAUUACCGGGCCUUCCUCGAUGAGAUGAAACAGUGUUUUGGCUGGGACGACGACGAAGAGGACACCGAUGACGAAGACGAUUACUAGGCCGGAGACCCUUGGCCUGGGGGAAGGCCCUGCACGCCGCCACCUCCUUCCCCCUCCUCCCACGCCGUGCCGCCGCGCCCCCCUCGCCCUCCCUCCCAUCCGGUUCCCGACCUUCUGCCCUCUGUUUCUCUCCCCUUCCCCCUCCCCCC